AUGGAUCUUCUCUCGAAAUUCGGCCACCUUAGUAAGGAACAGAAGCGGAGAAAAUCCACGUCCUCCAACGAAGAAUCUAAGGAUGACGAGGACCAUACACCGCAACGGGCGUUUAACUUCCUGUUGGGGAACUUCGGUCGCUCUCACAAUGAUCAUCCGGAUAGGAGAUCGAGUGGUGCGGGGAACAUGGCAAGGGAUAUAGAUGAAUGGAGACGCAACAAGAAGAAGUCGGCUCCGUCUCAGGAAGCAGCCUCUGAUUUGCGGCCUGAGGAAGGAGUCUCUGAUUUGCGGCCUCAGGAAGGAGUCUCUGAUUUGCGGUCCCAGGAAGGAGUUUCGGAUUUGCGGAGCCAAUGA